AGGCAAUGAUCCCCUCAUGUUGGCAACAGUCGAGAAGCCCCUGGUAAAUCGGCACGCAUUAGCCCUUUCAUACUCACGUUCGAUCCGAGACUGCUAUUCUUUUCUCAGUAACCGAAAGGCCCGUAUAUAAGGGUUGACCUCUUGCAUACUAUAGAAUUGAGCCAUCGAUCUUCUAUAUUCCUCUUUUGAUGUAUGAAUCAUGGUCCCAAGAGUCGCCAAUGACGACGGCCUCCCAUGGGUGGGGUCACAUGCGAAAACCAAAGAUGUCCAGAAAGCUUCAGGUUUGAAUUCUGACCAGUGGAAUUUGUUUGAGAAACAAGCGAGGAAAGUAGCAAACCAGCUUUUGAAAGAAAAACCCCAUGCCACCUGGUGUAGCUACAGUGAAAACGAAAAGAAAAUGGCUGCUCAGAUGAUGAAAGAAACAAUGAAAAAUGCAACCCAGAAGCAGAUUUCGGAAAGUAUUGCUCGAUGGAAGAUUCAACGGACCAUCUUCGUCAAAGUUCGUCAGGGAAAACAGAAAGCCAAAGAAAAGGAAAAUGACGAACGAAACUUUGAAGUAGGGACAGCGGCUAUCUAUAAUAGCACAAACCAUCUUGACGUACAGCCGACCAAGGUCCCUACACCAAGUGAAUUGCAAGACCCUAUCCAAAGCAUGUACUUUAACAGCACGAUGGAAUUAAGUAGCAGCAAGAUUGUAAUGGAUUUCGAUGAGUCCGAAUACCAAGAUACAACGACCUCGGCCAGAGCAUUCGACCCUAUUAAGGACGCUGCAGCUAGGAACAAGCUGAACAUCACGCGUUGAUUUGAAUGCCAUUCAAUCCCAUGUCGGCAUCUUCUUUGUCGUCUUCACUUCCGGUUACCUUGCCCACCAAGAGAUCGUCGUCUGGGAAAAGCCAUGGCUUAUCUUGCUGGUCCUCAGGCUGUAAUGGUUUUUUCGUGUCUGGAUGCAUUCGUGCUUGCCUGUGUGCUUCCAGGUAUCUCGCCUUCUCUUUGUACUUGCUUUCCAACGUUACUAGAGUUCUAUCUGCAAACUUUUUGCCAGUCAAUUGAAUAAAUUCUGUUCUCGUUA